GGGAAAGCCGCUGAGGCAGCUCCGCCAGGGAACUGCGACGGGGGUGAAAAGGAGCUAAAAACUAUCAACGACAGGAACAGAAAGCCUCCACCUGCCGAGUUGUUGUCAAGGAUGUAACGAAAAAGGAGGGAUUUGUCUCUAAAAAAACAGAAGCAGGACCCAUGACCCUGACACGAGGAUCCUUCACCUACUCCAACGGGGAGGAAUACCACGGAGAAUGGAGAGAAGGUCUGCGUCACGGCCUGGGUCAGCUGACCUUCAGCGACGGGACGUGCUACACGGGACAGUUUGAGAACGGCCUCUUCAACGGCUGUGGCGUGCUGGCCUUCCCCGACGGCUCCAGGUAUGAAGGCGACUUUGUGCAGGGGAAGUUCCAGGGCGUCGGCGUCUUCACUCGCUUCGAUGGGAUGAAGUUCGAAGGCGAGUUUAAGCGCGGCUGUGUGGACGGAUACGGUCUCCUGACGUUCGCCGACGCCGCCCGUGGCAGAGGGGGGGGCAGCCACGAAGGUCUGUUUGAGAGCAGCCAGCUGGCGAGGAGGGGGAGCAGUCACGGAGCCGUCCAGAGGGCGCAAGCGGCCGCCGCCACGGCCCGAGCCCUGGCCAUGUGACCCCCCACAUAGGACGUGGGUUUCCCUCCCCAGGACAGAAACUGAACAGAGCCACCGCAUCGGGGUCAGCCGGGCCGCUCACUCUAAACCGCCGGUGCUAAACUGAUUCUGGAGAACCCGACCAAACUCUGGAGCUGAAGGGAGCGCCGGAACCGGUCCUGAGAGGACUGAUGUGGUGGUUUUUAUGGUCCAAAGGUCCCACUUUAGAAAAGCUGAACCCCAUCCCGACUGCAGAACCCUCAGGAUUUACAUUCCAGUCUGGAGUUUCAUCCCUUUAGAGACGAGAAAAAGUUUUUUUUUAAGACAAAAGUCAGAGUGGAAUUAUAGAAAAGAGUUUGAAUGAAAUCAUUUGAUACUAAAACAUUCCAAAAGGUUUGGCUAAAGUUUGAAUAUUACUCUGACAAAAGAAUGAAAUGAGAUUUUUGGUUAAAUUCAGAUCUAUUCUUCAUACGAAAAACAGCUUGGCUCAUAAUAAUGAAUAAUUCAGACUGUAAUUAGACAAAUAUGUUAUUUUUAGAUGAAUUAUGAUUGUGAAAAUAAACACCUUGCAGUACUUCAGCAUCUAUCUCUGUAUUAUAAUCAAAGUUUUUAUUAAAUAAACACAGAUAGUUGCUCAUCACAGUUUACUGAAUGAUUCUAAUCUUAAUCCUUUAAGGUAAAAAGCUUUCAAAUGACGAGUUUAAUUAGGCGAAAAGCUCGUUAGGACCUGGUCAGACUGUGGAUCACCACAUCAGCUCCUCUGGAUCUCCUGCCUCCUCCCUCAUGACUCCUCCUCCCUCCAGACUCUGACCUCUGUCUGCAGUUUCCCUUCACGCCGUGCCGUCUGAGCUCACAGAGCGGCAGGGCCGUCCUCCUCAGUGCCAACCACGCAGUGCCAACAGGCGGCGGCGGCUGAUCCCGAGCGAGUGGCUCAUCGUGGGAGGGGGUGGAGGAUGGGGGGAUGCUGGAGGAUGGAAGCGCCGGCGUUGUGCAGGCGGCAGUAAUGAGUGCAAUUUCGGUGUUGGAGGUGCAAUUUGAUAAUAACGUGCAAUUUCUGCCUGAGAGCAAGAUUUCCCUUCCACCGGCUUUUAGAUUCAGAGAGGAGCAGCCGGCGGCUGUAAACGGCAGGAAAAGCCUUUGCAGGUUUCAGAGACGAUCAUCCAAUAACGGCUUGUUUGGAUGUUGACUCUGCUCUCUUUGUGUGUGGAAGUGCAUGUCAGCGGGAACUCGAUUGGAAAUGAUGUCUCUUUUUAUGAGAAAUUUGGGUUGUUUUUCGUAACUUCCAUUUAAAAAACAAAAAGAGUGUUUCUGCAGGUAAGCUGCUUUUUGCACCUCCCAAACCCCCAACACCCCCUGCCUGAAGCGUGUGGUGAGACAGUUCACACGUGCACUGUGCCCGAUGGGAUUCUGUCUGUCCGUGUAAUGAAACCGGUGUGUGCAUGUGUGUGUGUUGGGGGGAGGGAGUAAUGCUGUGGGGGGUUUAAAUGGGAGAUGGGUUUAAUUGUCUGAUUGGUGUCUUUCUUGGAGAAUGAUUCAUUUAGGAUGUGGUUUCAGGCUCAUGUCCUCCCUGCUGACCAAUUUGACUGGAGAAAGUGGUUGAGGUUUGUCACACCUUUUAAUUGGCUCUGGGAGCAGAGGCGGCGCCGUUAAACGCCUUUGGCGAGGUGUUUGUUUCCUCCUCUGAUCCGCCCACGUCGAUGUUUGUCUGUAAAAUCAUGUGUUUGCCGGUUUUUCUCGUGGUCUUAAAAAUCGAGCAUCGUGAACCCUUUAAAAAAAAAAAAACGCCUUAAAGCUCAACUUGAACAGCUGCCGGACACUUGGAAACAUGUUGGUUCUGCUUCAGUUCAGUUUGUUGAUCGGAUCUGUGAUGGAGGACGCCCAAGAACGUCUGCAGGUUUCCGUUUCCUCAGGUUAACAAAAGCCUUCUUCCCACUGAACGGUCCGGUCCAGUACCUUCCAGUCCAGUAGGGCUCAGUCCAGUAGGGUCCGGUCCAGUACAGUCCAGUAUAGUACAGUCUAGUCCAAUAAGGUCCGGUCCAGUACUGUCCAGUUCAUUAGGGUCCAGUUCAGUAGGGUCCGGUCCAGUACUGUCCAGUCCAGUACAGUAGGGUUCGGUCCAAUAGGGUCCGGUCCAGUAAUGUCCAGUCCAGUAGGGUCCGGUCCAGUACAGUCCAGUAUAGUACAGUCUAGUCCAAUAAGGUCCGGUCCAGUACUGUCCAGUUCAUUAGGGUCCAGUUCAGUAGGGUCCGGUCCAGUACUGUCCAGUCCAGUACAGUAGGGUUCGGUCCAAUAGGGUCCGGUCCAGUAAUGUCCAGUCCAGUAGGGUCCGGUCCAGUACAGUCCAGUAUAGUACAGUCUAGUCCAAUAAGGUCCGGUCCAGUACUGUCCAGUUCAUUAGGGUCCAGUUCAGUAGGGUCCGGUCCAGUACUGUCCAGUCCAGUACAGUAGGGUUCGGUCCAAUAGGGUCCCGUCCAGUACUGUCCAGUUCAUUAGGGUCCAGUUCAGUACGGUCCAGUCCAGUGGGGUUCGGUCCAGGACUGGCUAGUCCAGUACAGUCCACUCCAGUAUGGUACAGUACAGUACUGUCCGGUUCAGUACAGUUCAGUACUGUAUAGUCCAGUCCAGUACAGUCCAGUCUAUUACGGUCCAGUCCAGUACUGUCCGGUUACCUAUACUUUGUUUCGGAAGUGGACAACUGAAGGUGGCUGUGCGAGCCUCAAGUCAACUGCAAGACACACCUGCAGCCACUCCUUUCUACAACCCUCUACACCGCGGAUCCGGAUGACCCAUACAGUUCCCGUUCCCCCCCACCCCCACCCCCUGAGGAGGUGGGUGUGACUAAAGUCUUUAAAUGAACCCAAUGUGAAUCUUCUUCAGAGCUUUUAUUUUUGAGCUGCUGUGUCCAUCGGGAUAAAAAAGCCACAUUUUAAAAUCUACUUUUUAUUUCCAUAAAGUAGAAAUCCGUUUCUUCAUCUGAACAUUAUGGAUUACCUGAGACGUUCUUAACAGUGCUAUUAAAGGCGUUCAGGCUUUUGUUAAUCAACAUGAAAGUAAAUUAAGAGUAAAACUGAAAGAAAACCCUUGAAGGUCAUUGAUUUGGUUUUAAAAUCCUCAUUUCGUUCAGCAGGACCUGUUGCUUCAUUCAGGUUUUCCAGCUUUUGUGCCCAACAGAAAAGUCUGAACAUGUGUUUGUUUCUCUAAAACACAAAGGAGGAUUUUUAUUUUUGUUCAUUAGUUGGAAUGAACGCCUGAUCAAAAACCUUUUCAACUGUGCUUUUGUACUUUCAAAGCCUUCUGAGUGUUUUUCUCCCCCUUUUCUACUAAACUGUGAUCCUUUGGUUUGAUGCUUUCAGAACCUCAUCAGGAAGUUUUGUGCCAAGUUUUAAAGAAGUGUUAAGGUCCCACAUCAUCCAGGUGUCAGUCUUUUAUUCGGAAAUCCGGUUUUUUUAUGUCACUUUCAAACCUGAAACUAGUGAUAAUCUGACAUUCACACUUUAGAAAUGUGGUAUAAUUGGACUUAUUAGUGUGUUCACGUUGGCAUUCAGUGGUUGUCACAUUCUGAGGCAUUUCUGUUCAUAUUAACCACAAAUUCGUUCACGUGACCGGCAGCGUGAAACAGCAGGCUGUGAGCGGAACCAUAUGUGUCCUUUGUGUAGAAAAUAUCCAGAGAUCUUUCAUUCCAGCAUCAAUACUUUACUGUAUUUGAAAUUUCCAGAAAUUCUUCCAUUUUUAAGCAGAUAUGUUUGGACACCAUCUCAAGUUUUGUUCAAAUUCAAGUUUAGGGUGUAAACUUAAAACUUAAAGUAAACGACAUACGACUCAAACGCAUUUUUCACUUUUUAAACAAAAAUAUUCAGAGAACUUGUUCCGCCUAACUUUGGUAUAUUUAAGUCAUUGACUGUAUCUGAGAACUGGACUGAGUGGCCCCUCCCCCCUGGCGUUCCAAACAGGAAGUGGCUCCAAGAAGCCAAAAUCCCACCGACUUCUUUGGAGAAAUAAACAGCUGUUCCUCCGUCGUUCUGUUGGUCAGAAGAACCGUUCUGGAUCUGAUACUUUUUUUAACAUCUUCUUGACAAUCCGCAUUUUUCUAUGAUACUUUUUUCUGUAGUUGAAGUUAUUCAAGUUAUUAACUGACCAAUCAGAUGUCUCAGUAAAAGUAGGUGUAGCCUGGCGGCCCCCACGUCCAACGUUCAAAACGUUUGACAGAUUUCGUGUAGCCCACUUUAAAGUGUUAGGGGUGUGGCCUUCCAACAAGCUCAUCCCUGAUUAGUGAGAGGGGUUACCAUGCAAAUGUUGACUCAGACUGACUCAGACCAAUCACUGCUAACCGACAACGUCUGGCUCCAACAUGGCGGCGUCUGUGUCGUGGAAAAAGGGCGACUGAAUUUCGUUGGAGCUGGAAUAAACCAUUUUCUAUGGAUGACGGCACACUCAGUCCAGGUUUCAGACACAGUCAAUGAUUUAGAUAAUAACCACAGUAAAAUGGGGGCGGGGUUCUUUAUUUGAGGUGUCAUUAUCCAAUUGGGAGCUCAGUGAGGAUCUCGUGUUUUGGUGUGAAAUUCUUGUGAAACGGAUGUUUUUGAUGAUGAACUUCUUUAUACUUUGAAGCUCAACGGUAAAAAUGAGUGAAAUGAGUCGAUCCUUAGGUUCUUUCUUCUCUUUGGAGCUGAAAGAUGACCUUAAAGAUCCCAUAAAGAAUUUUCUUUCUGUCCUGAAGAGCGUUCCUGAUCACAGCUCCCAUCCAGCCAUGAAACGGACCGGUCCAGAACCGACCUCCCUGAACCUUUUGUCUUCAGGUGAACUCACCUGGAUAAUGUGGGACUUUCUGACUGUGUUGUGUAUUUGUGGCAGCUUUCAGCAUCGGUGCACGGUUGUUGUGGGAAAAAGCCAUACACUGUUUUGUUGUAACUGUUGAUGUCUUUGAUAUCCUGAAAGACAAUAAAGAGGCGGACGGUGGCUGUGUGCGGUGGAUGCGGCGAGCGCUGCUGGGCGCAGACACAUGCGGGCGGGUUGAACUCUGACCACACACCUCGCAGGUCCGAUGAUUAUUUGUGGAAGUCGGUUGUCGGAAACCCCUCCCCCAGCCCGCUCUGCUUCCCUGUCACUAAAAUAGCUUAAGGUGUGUUUAGGUUGGACUUUAACCUCGCCGCCUGUUCGUCUCCUUGGCAACCGUCCAGAGUUCCCUUAAUUUGUAUCAUCUCAA